UCCCACUUGAGCUAGGCGGCUAUCACAUCCACAUUUACGAUACCAGUUCUCCAGACCGAUACGACCUUCAAACGUUUAAGGAAAUAGUGUAUUCCAUAAAAGGCCGCCAACGUAUUUGCAAUUCCUGUGGCGUUGCAGGUUUACCAUGGUCGAGAUAAAUUGCAGGAAUUACUUACUAUGUAUAAUAAAAAAAAUCAAGAGUUGCUUUCGCAGCACUUUGUACCAACGUCGGAAGACUUUUUGUGAUAACUAGAAAACGACUUAACCGAUUACCUUCGCUACAGUUUUCAUUGAAAGUAUUUAUUAAGCUACUUUCACGACUGUUUUCCUAUUUUUGUAUGUUGUGAUUUUUUGUUUAUUAUAUUGUAAAUAACUAACAACCGAAUUUGUUGUUUAAAUACGAAUUAACAUAAAACCUUCAAAAAGCUUCAACCUCCUUUAAGUACAUUGACAUGUCUGCCACUAAAAAACCGAAAUCGACAUUGACGUUUCAAUAUCUAAUACCUAUUAUCGUAUAUUUUAUCAAUUUUAUAAGUAAUCGGAUUGAUAAACUUAUGAGCAGGUCUCGUGAGGUGUUUUAUAUUGUACAAUUUAGUCGGUCAUCAUGAUUUUACGUGAAAAUACGUAAAUAUUACGUAAUAUAAGACUUUAGUGGUAUGAAUGGUGGAUUAGUGACAUUCAGCUGUUCAGAAGAAGUUUUCAAUAUUGAGAAACCCAUAUCCGCCAUGUUAAAGAAAACCCACAAAUAAGAACCUUCUCUGUUGUAUCUGGCCGCUGUGUAUUGAAGAAUCCAAUAUGGCGUCUUGUGUGAACGGACAUUUCGGGAGUCAGGAGUACGUGCCCGUGGCGGAGUUCUACGCGGACAAGUCCGUGUUCGUUACGGGGGGCACGGGCUUCAUGGGCAAGGUGCUAGUCGAGAAGCUGUUACGUAGCUGUCCAAAAAUCAAGAACAUCUAUCUGCUGAUGCGACCGAAGCGGGGGCAAGAUGUGGCAUCUCGUCUCAUUGAACUCACACAGUCACCGCUGUUCGAGACAUUACGGAAAGAACGGCCUUUCGAGCUAAACAAGAUCGUGCCUAUCGUCGGCGAUAUAACGGAACCCGAACUUGGAAUCAGCGUCUCCGACCAGGCCAUGCUUUGCCAAAAGGUGUCCGUGGUAUUCCACUCCGCCGCCACAGUGAAAUUCGACGAGAAACUUAAACUGUCGGUCACCAUCAACAUGCUUGGCACGCAGCAGCUCGUUCAGCUCUGUCAUCGUAUGCUCCUCCUAGAGGCUCUAGUCCAUGUUUCGACGGCAUACUGCAACUGUGAGCGUGAACGCGUAGAAGAAACAGUCUACGCGCCUCCAGCGCAUCCUGAACAUGUUGUCACUCUGGUCCAGACCCUGCCAGAUGAACUGGUGGACCGAAUUACACCUGAUCUUGUUGGUGAUCGGCCGAACACGUAUACAUUCACGAAGGCGCUCGCGGAAGACAUGCUGAUCAAGGAGUGUGGCAAGCUGCCUGUGGCCAUCGUUCGGCCGUCCAUCGUGCUCUCCUCGCUCCGAGAACCGGUCCAGGGUUGGGUGGACAACUGGAACGGGCCGAACGGCAUCAUAGCAGCCGUCGGCAAGGGCAUCUUCAGGAGCAUGCUGGGCACCGGGGCUCGGGUGGCUGAUCUGGUGCCCGUGGAUACUGUCAUCAAUCUGAUGAUCGUGUGCGCGUGGAGGACAAGCCAGAGACGAAAUGACGGUGUGCUUGUUUAUAACUGCUGCACCGGGCAGCAGAACCCCAUCACGUGGCAGCGCUUCGUACGGACCAGCUUCAAAUACAUGCGGAAACAUCCCUUCAGCGAGGUGCUCUGGUACCCCGGCGGCGACAUAACCAACAACCGCCUCAAACACUCCACGCUCUCGCUGAUCGAACAUCGAGCGCCUGCCUUCGUGAUGGACACGGUCGCGAGGGCCACUGGAAAGAAACCCAUGAUGAUGCGGGUGCAGAAUAAACUCGAAAAAGCGGCAGCAUGUCUUGAAUAUUUCACCACCCGCCAAUGGGCGUUCGCGGAUGACAACGUACAAGCUCUAUGCACGGCCCUAUCGCCCGAGGACAGACGCAUUUUCGACUUUAAUGUCAGAAACAUCGACUGGGACGCGUAUAUAGAGAGCUACGUGCUCGGCAUCAGAAGGUUCUUGUUCAAGGAGAGCCCGGACACGCUGCCCAGGUCCAGGACUCGUCUCCGGAGGUUACACAUAGUCCACGUGCUCACCCAAGUGGCAGCUGUCUUCUUCCUCUGGAGAUUUCUCUUCUCUCGCUCCAACGCGUUGCGUAACUUCUGGCGGCGCAUACUAGACUUCAUAACCCGCGCGGCGAGAAUGCUCGCCAUAGCCUGAUGCAGAUAGCCUUAACCUCGGGCUUAGUAGUUGAGCAACGCUGUUUGAUUCACAAAACGCAAGCGAUGGGCGUAAAGUUGUAAACGCUCGAGCGGCGAGCAGCGGAGCGUCAUGUUAAACGAAUACAAACAUGGACGUAGUUUAGCGAUCCAUCCUCUAAAAUUUGUCAUUUGAAUAACUUUUCCUUGAAAAAAAAAGCUUAAAUUCUAAUGACAGAUUUUUGUGGAUUGGAUCCUUAACACUAAAUUACGUUUACAUACACGAGCAGUGUCAGUGCACACUCAAAUUCCCACGCCUACUAAAGUUUUCGGUAAUUUCAGUUUUUCAUAGAAACCAAAGGAAACAUUCAUUUAGAAACAAAAAUUUCGUGUCUUAUACAACAAUAUGGGUAAUAUCUUAAAUUUUAACACGUUUAAUUUCGCAAUUUUGCAAUUGUUCCGACGGUACAUCAGUAACACGUCGUGUUAACAAGCGGCCUGCACUCUAAAAAAUUUACGCUUGACGCUCGACGCUGGUCGCUCGCCACUGAGCGUAACAAAGUGGAAACCAUACCUUUAGGUUCGUAACUAAGCGUAAUUAUAUAAGCGCUCGUUUUGUGAAUCCCUGCUGUUUUUGCUGGUUGGAAUGUGAACGAUGUUAGUAAGCUUGCCUGCUCGAUGCAUUCUGUUGUUGAUUUUUCAAAUAAUGUACAGGAUGAAAGUGACACAGUGGAGAGUUUCAAGUAAUUGUUGAUAGAAUUUUUCUUGUAUGUAAAACGAGUGUAGAUUUGAGACGCUAGUACGGCUAUCAUGAGUUGGCAUUUGACAUUUACGAGUGCGAGCGAGGUGGAGUUUGAUCGUGUUCACUCAGUCGCUAGCGUCAACGUCAAAUCCUACCUCAUGAUAGCCGUAUUGUUCUGUUCCGAAUAAGAAUGUGAAUGCUAUUUAUAUAAUAGAGGAUAUUAAAUGCCGUUAAAUCCUCAAAAUAUCCGAAACCUAAAUCAUUUAUAAUCUAUUCUACUUAUACUUCUUAAGCACUCACAAACUCAUUUAAAGCCAGGGGUACACUAAGCGACAAAUGUCCCGCGACACGUGUCGCCAGCGACGUCAGGUGAAGUGGCGCGACGUUGCCGGACUUCGCUCGACGCGCGCUACACUUGUCACCAGUGUGUGUCAAAAGUAGUGCGACGUCACUAGUAUGUCAGGCUUAAAAUACAAAGGUUCCAUAACUAAAGAUUUGUGUCACUUUCAUUCGUACAUAGCGCCCUUUCUUAUAAUGAGAAAGGGAUUCGAUAUAGAAUUUUUAAGAACACAGCGGCGUAAUAAAUUAGGUUGGUUUUCUCAAUUUGUAAGCUUCAUUCAAUGGUCUGAUACUGCUUCCACUGACACUAUGACAUACAUGACAUCCAUACAGGAACGCAAGUCGGGGAAAGAUUCCAAAAAGUUGCAAAAGUUCUUGGGAAUUUUCACAGGAAAUGAAGGAAACUCUUAUUUAGGAAAUGGAAAAAUGUGUAAUCCCCCUAUAAAAAUAAGAGAAUAUUUCCAUGAUGAAAUUUCUCAAUUUUGGAAACUUUUUGACGGCACAUCGGCAAUAGGGAAUAUUACGCGAAACUCUGCCUAAGGGGCGCCACUACCACAAUCCAUCAAAGUCUGAGGGUGUACCGCGAAACAAGAAAAUCGAAAUUUUGUUAUCUAACCUCUCAAUCACUCUUGCAUAUUUUAGUGAUAAAGACGCAGAUAACUAGAUUUUCACGCUUCCCGAUAGGCCCUUUGUAGUGUUUAUGGGAAAAGUAAAAGGUACGUAUACUAUUUCUGAAUACCUUUAUAUUCAUCUUUAUAUCCAUAUGUGUGUUGUCAAAAAUCGCCGGUUAAAAACCUCGGUUGUGUUGCCGGUUAAAAAAAUCGUUCUCGAAUCGAAAAAAAAAAUGCAAAAUGGUGACUAAAAAUCGGUCAGGUCCUUAUCAUACACUUAUAGUUCGUGUCAUCCACGAUGACGCGCAGAUUUGAAAAAUCUAACCUUUAAUAAAACAUUACGAGUUAAGGCACAUGUCUUCGUGAGUGACACAAUCUUUACACGAGGCUAAUAUGGUCCAUUCAGUUACGAAAAUUCUAAUAAAAAUAUGUCAUAGUGUCCUUUAUUAACACUUCCGCUAGGCUCUUAAGGUAAUGUUAUUGUUACAUUAAAUAAUGGUUAUUUCAAAUAUUUUGUACCAAUGUAUCAGCUCAAUGAAAAAAGUUAAAGUUCAAACAUCUGUUAAUGGGUAGAAAUAAAUAUUAUGUACCAUAGUAUAAUUGCUAUGUCACGAUCAUAUAUAUAAAUAAUGUUAGGAUGAUUUUCCGGGUCAUGGCACAAUUCGCAUAAUUUGAGAAGAAACAAUUUAAAAAAGAAUCCGUAAGUUUCUUAAAGCUAGGGUUAUACUAGGACAUAAAUGUCCCCCACACGUGUCGCCAGCGACGUCAAGUGAUGUGGCGCAACGUUGCCAAACUUCACUCGACAUGUCUGGCAACAUCGUGCGACAUGUGCCGCGAAUCCGUGAACGUGUACGUGACACGUGUCGGCGACAUAUCAGGUGAAGCCCCAUAGACAUUAAGCCCCGAAAUACAAGUGGCUUGACAUUUUUACCACUAUAACAAUUUUUUUGAAUUUGUUUGUUUUCAAAUUUUGUGAUUACUGCAAUACAUUUGAAUGUCCAUUUUGAUAUCCAGUCGUAGAACGCAAUUGGAGCAUCGAAAUUGUCGUUUGUCUCGCUCGCACGCAAGCAACGCUUAUGGGUAUGAGCGUGUUGGCAAGAUGCAAUGUACUGUGUCACUAACAAUUUUAAAGAUGUCGCUACUGAGAAAUUGUAUACUUUUCUAAACAUAGUAUUUAAACACAAAUCGAAAGAUGAUUAGUGUUGAUUUAAUCUUUCUUAUGUGUGUUGUGGUCAAAAAUAAUAGGUUAAAACCUCGGUGACGCUCUAAAUUGCAGGGAAAAUCGUUCUCGAGAAAAACGCAAAAAGUGGACAAAUGAUUUGCUCAGUCCUUAGAUCCUUAUUAUGUACAGACGAGAGGUUAAACACAAACCAAAACAUGAAAUAAUAUUCAUUUUCGAUAUUUUCAAGAGAUACAACAUUUGUUAAAUGGCCACUGAUAAUUCAUUGCAUGAUGUUCAUUACAUUUCACUGGCGACAUCUAUAUUUUUGAGUACGUACUGUAAGAUCCCAAAGGUGUAAAGAAGACACCUUACUUGUCAUUUGUAUAUGCCUGGGCACAAAAUGUUAACUUAUCGACAGAUCGCGAAAUGUCACUAUAAAAGUUAUUUUAAGCGAAAUAGUUAGCGCGUUACAUAAUGUAUUUACUGGACAUAAUUGAUAUAAAUACGGUAAAUACCUCGGUAAUUUAAAUAGUUAAUUUUACGCCACCUACCGGGUGAUAGUGAAACUAGCUUGGUCAGUAAGUAAUAGCUUGACGAGUAACGAGUAAAGUAUGAUAAAUUGUGUACGACAUGGUUAUGUUGAAUAUAUUGAUUAAUAUUAGCAUAUGACUUCACGUAAAUUCAGUAAAUAACUUAUGAUUAAUAUGAAUCGGUUUUUCUAACUUAUAUAAUAUUAUGAUGUUAUGCCAAGGAUACACUAGGCGACGAUUGUACGACGACACGUGUCGCUAACGACGUCGGGUGAAGUGCGGCGACGUAGCCGGACUUCGCUCGACGUGUCUGGCGACAUCACGCGCAUAUUGUUAUUUUUUUGUCAUUGCAGAUACUAUUCUACAAUGUUUAUCUUGAAUACUAUUAACAUUUUAUAUGUGUGUGGUGAUCAAACAUAGUGGAUUCAAACCUCGGCUGUGUUAUAUGGAACAGAACAAACGUUCUCCGAAAAAAUGCAAAGAGAUGACUCAAAAUUCGGUCAGGCAACGAGUGACAUGAAAAAGUUGAUUCACCCUAAUAUUUAAAUAAAUAUAAACGUAAAUUAUAUGCUAAUAUUACACAAUAUAAAUAUUAUUAUUUGAGCGUUGCCAACGGAUAAUGUUUGUCUAUGAAAUGAUUUUAAAUGUAACGUUUAUGUAAGAAUGAUCAAGUAUCGCGUAAUGACGAUUUUGUUCGUUAAUUGGAAUAGAGAAAGACAUUAUUUUUACCCCGUAAACUUCAUAAAUAUAUACGCACUGGUCCAUUAAUUGAUAAAAACGAAAUCCAUAGCCUUAAGCCAGGAAUACACUAGAUGAGAAAUGUCUCACGACACGUGUCGCCGCGACGUCGGGUGAAGUGUUGCGACGUUGCCGGACUUCGCUCGACAUGUCUGGAAACAUCGCAUGACACGUGUCGUCAGUGUGUGUCAAAAGGCGCGCGAUUACGUGAAACAUGUCGAGCGAAGUCCAGCAACGUCGUUUUACUUCACCCGACGUCCCUGGCGACACGUAGCGUGGUACAUUUGUCGCCUUGAGUAUCCCUGGCUUUAAACACAAAGUUGAUAGUACAGAGGUAAAAAUCGCUGAGACGUAACUGUGAUUUCAUAUGAAUCAUACGAACCUAGCCGAUAUCGAUGUUACGACGCACUCAUCUUAAAUCCAUUCUGAAAUAUAUGAAAUUAGACAUGAACAUUCAAGUAACAUAUAUCUAUGCCUGGCACUAUUUUUCGUUUAUGGAAAGUGUAAUACAAAGAAAUAAGAGAGAGUACCUAUAAGUUUUACAUACAAAACUGCUACUUGCUUCAUUGUAUAAUUUCUUUAGCAACAAAUUGACAGAAACAGACAUUGACAAAUGUUACGUUAACCUUUUCGACGCCGUGUCAAACCCAAAAGCUGUCACUUGGACGCCACGUCACCUAGGUGUCAAAACCGAAAUUGAACUUUAUGCACAUGCACGUAGGUCUAUGUUGCUCUGUGGUCUGUGACGGAUUAAUCCGUCAUUGGCGUUGGACCUGUGGUUCUGAUAUAUCCGUCGUUAGCGUCGAAAAAGUUAAAGUUCAUGCCAAGUUUCAUGUAAUUUGUUGUAUAAAUGAGAGCAUAAUUACUCGUUCGUGUUACUCUUAAGCGACCUUAGGUCUGUCUAUUAAAAUUGUGGCUUUACAUAUCUUCCUUUCGAGAAAAAGACAAAAACAGGAAGUUUUGAGUUAAGAUUUAUUUUUAUGUAAACGACGUGUAUCUAGUUUUAACCCAUUAUAUUGAAGACAUAAAAAUAAAUGAUGCGAUUUCGUAUUAAAAUAAUAUAUUCAGACAUUGCUAGAAUAUAACUAGGUAAAAAAUGUUUAUUAUUAUUUUUAAAGCGAUGCGCUGUCAACCUUUUUUUAACAACCCUAAAUGUACUAGUCAAAGGAGGUUGAAAAUAAAAUUUAAUUAUCUGAAUUUACAAUGUUAACAUAUGUUAAAAACCAAGCUUUGUUUUAAACAAAAAAAACUGAGUUUUAAAUAUUCUCUAAAUAUAAAACAUUGCAGACUAUAUCAGACAACAUACCCAAGCCAGAAUAAUAACGAAAUUUAAGUCAUUUGACUAAUAUUAAGGUACUAGUAAAGACAUAAAGUUUAUAAAAAACACGUGUACAAUUCCGUUUAAUUUUGAAAAAUAUUAUCCGUUUUACCAUUUUGUAUAUUCAUCCAAACUCUAAAGGUAAAUUAUUAAAUCAUGCUUGAUUAUUUCUACUUAACUAACCUGGCUAAUGUUAUUAAAAUAAAUAAUAGGUCUGUUUCACUUUAUUUACGAUGAUUUAUAUCGUAAAAUUAAAAAUAAUCCAAAUGUCCGCUUCCCAAACGUCCCUUGAGGCCUACAAGCUCUAGAUGUAGGUUAUCUAUACUUCCCACAAAGUUGACAGAUAGAUAGAGACAUGGUCGCUAACACAAAGUGUUAACUUUAAGGCAAACCGAUUCCGCACGCACACAUACCCGACUUAUCGCGUUUGAGCUCACCACAGCUUCAAUUCAGGUUCUGAAUGUGCGCGUGUACAACAGAGUGUUGGUAGGAACUCGAGUAUUUUUAGUCUAUAUUUAAAGAACUGGACUCGUUCUUACGAGACUGCGCAAAAAAAAAUCGAUCCUAAGUCGUAGAGUCCUUUAUUGAGUAUUUAUUUAAACGCAACUCAAAAAGACUCGAGUUACCCAAUAAACUCUAUCAACCAUUUGGUAGGUUGUAUUUUAAUACUUGUAGCAGCAAAUGAAAUAAGCACUGUACGGCAAACCUAACCUAACCCAUGAAUUUUGCAUGAAGAUUUAUAAUGAAAGAUAUUAAAUGUUUAUGUAAAAAAAUGUUCUCAGAAAAGGACUCAAGUCUUUACAAAAUACUUGAGUCCUUUUCUGAGAAGUGAGGGUCUCUAAUACGUUGAAAAUAACUCCAAUUUUGACUUAAUUAUAAGAAUCUGAAAUACACAGUCGAGUCUUAAUUCAGAAAGACUAAAGGGACUCGAGUCUUAACCAACACUAGUAGCAUGAGUAAAUCGGUGUGCUGUUAAAUCAUGUCUUGACGAUCCUACGUAUUCCUAUCUAUUAACUCUGUGUUUAUUCCCUUACUCUAUUGAUUUAGGCGGAAAUACUAUUAUACUUGUUAAUUUACAUAUUAUUUAGAACUUAAAAUCUCACGUCUUGAAAUAUCUAUUUGUAGCUACGUUUAUAUUUAUUUUAGUCUCGUAAACAUAAAAGUGUGUUCAAAAGCCACGCACAUUAACACCUUAAGAAUGAUCGUGGUCUGGCAAAUCAAAGUCUUAUGAGUCUUUAAAUAAUGCCUAAAGUUGUCAAAAACCUGCAAAAAAUACCUAUAUUGAGAGAAAAAGGUUAAAUACAAAAAAUAAAAAUAAAUAUAUUUUUCCGUGGCAAAAACAAUGGACAUAUUAAUUGAAAUAAAAUCAUUAUUACUUGGUUUUGUCACGUGAGGAUUAUUUUUGUGCUUUACGAAGGUUUGGUGAUUUUGAUAACUUUUAAGGCAUGUUCUAUUGCGUGUUUUAGUUUUUAAGCUAUUCCAGAGCGACCCGCGCCUAUUUUAAUUAUGUACUCGCUGUUAUCCAAUAGCUUAGGCUAGUAUUUGUGUAUUUACUACCACAAAAUUAUUGACAGAUAGUUUACUAGUAUUCUGCACACGCAGAGCUCACACGUAUAUUAACUUAUUGUGUUUGAGUCAUUUUCUACUCAUUCCUAGUGUUGGACUCAGGUCUUUUGAGUCUAUAUUUAAAUAAUCUGACUCGUAGGACGCUCUGCGUUUAAAAACUUUCGAGUCUUAUGAGUCCCGAGUUGAGUGGCUAUUUCAAGGUCAACUCAAAAGGACUUGAGCCUCCAAAUAAAGACUCCGUCAACAAUUUUGUAGAUUUAUAUCUAAAUAACAGUAAAGAAAAUAGGCGUUAUUGCAUGGUUUGUUAGGUACACAUGAAUUUUUCAUUACAUUUAUGGUUUGAAAAACUGUGCAUAUAAAUUUCAGAGUUCUCUGAAAAGGACUCAAGUUUCUAUAAAAGACUCGGGUCUCAGACAAGUUUAAAAGAGCUCGAGUUUCAACUAAAUAGUCUGAAAAACUGAGUCUAGUUUAAAGCAGAGGAUUGAAAAGACUCGAGUCUAUUCUAAUAAAUCUAUCCUUCAAGUCUGUGUGUAUUACCAAUUUCAUUCACGUAACGUUACAAAAAGUAAUCUAGAACGGCGUGACGAUGAAUAUCUUGCAAAUUCCAUUGAGGAACUCCAAACGUCAGCAAGCUGUAAAAUUCCAUGGUCACAUUAUGAUAUCGUGCUGUCAAAUUGUGCUCUCUUUAAGUACAAAUUGAAUGAUAAAAGUUUUUUUUAAUAGUACUUUUUUAUGUGGUGGCUAUGACAGACACUAUGGCAAUGACGAACGGUUGAGUCGUUUACAAAUCGUGUAUAGUCGUUCUAUUUGUUGCUGACCGCGACGAGCUAAUCCUUUGUCUAUUAUUAAGUAUAACCGCACGUGCUACUACAUGCAUAAAUAAUGGUCCGGCCACUUUGACCGGUUAUUGAAUUACAACUCCUAAUUGUAAUAAGAUUCAAAAUGAGCAAAUGGAAAAAUAAUUUGCGAUUUCUUGUGUGGUCGCUCUACGUUUACUGAGUGCCGGCGAGUUGAACGCUACAGAACCAGUCUAAAAGGUGUCCUCGAUAUACGUAACGAAGACGCGUUAUCGGAGAACGCACUAGCACUGGUUUUUUGAGCGUUGGACUAGUCCGCGCUCAGGUGUCAAUUAGAAUUAUACGACCCUUUUUUUGCAGGUAGUGGCACGUGCUGUUUUACUUAACAAUAGACAAAGGAUUAACCCGUCGGGGCCAGCUGCAAAUCGAACGACUGUAUCUACUGAUUUGUCCCUUUAUUCCAAUGUAGGCAUUGAUAUAAUGAAUCCUUGCUUAUCUAUAGGCUACUAAUUACUCUUUCUUAUGUCACGACGCUUCCUUAAAAUUAUGUAAGGUGUUUUUAUAUUUUAGUGUUGAAAUUUCAAAUUGUAAUAAUUUUUACGCGUCCUUUAGUGAUUUAGAUGUUUCUGAUGUAUUGGGGUGGAUCAACUUUUUUUUGUUAUUCUGUCCUGUCGAGAAUAGUAGCAUAGUUUGUUAAAAGAAAUACACUACGUCCUACUAAUAUGGAAAGUAGAUGACCCAUUAUGGAAAUGGCUAUAACAGACAUAAAAAUAUAUGUUAAGUUAAUUUCAAUUCUAUGAAGCCAGGGUUUUAAGAGUGACCCAGGCCAUCGUAACCAUAGCAACGAGUGACAAGGAAAAGUUGAUUCACCCAAUGAUUUUUUUCCUAAAGCUCCGCUUUGGUCCUAGGUAUAUUCCGCCGCUAAUUCUUCUCCAAUCAUGUCAUGUUUGGAUGUAAGUUGUACUUGUAAAGUAAUCGCCUAAGUUUAUACGAAAUGUUAUUUAAGUGAUAGCAUUUUUCUUAAUAUUUAAGUCAAAUCAUAAUGCUUUCGCCAACAUCUUUGACCACUUAAAGAAUGAAUACAGGUUGGAUGCUUGUUAUAAAGCCAGGGAUACAUUAGGCGACAAAUGUCCCGCGACACGUGUCGCCAGCGACGUCGGAUGAAGUGGCGCGAUGUCACCGGACUUCGUUCGACAUGUCUGGCAACAGCACGCGACACUGACUGCCAACGACGUUGCGUGAUGUGGCGCGACGUUGCCCGACUUUGCUUGACAUGCCUAGCAACAGCGCGCGACACAUUGUCGCCAGUGUGUGUCAUAAAGACGUGCGAUGUCGCCAGUAUGUCAAGGGAAAUUUCACGAAAUCGUACGACUCCGCCUGACGUCGCCACCUACAUCAGUCGCACGAUGUCGCCAGAUAUGUCAAGCGUAAUCUCUCCACUUGGCUUGACUUGUCGCCGACACAUGUCGCGAAACAUUUGUCCCCUAGUGGUUUCCCCUGUAAGUCCCCUGAGUUACAUUUUGCUAUAAUUAUGCGAGUGUAAAUUAUGUGAAAUUCCGAAACGAGUAUCCGUCUGGGGCGUUCUGAACUCUUCCAGUGUUAAAUAUUUUUUAAGUUCCCUUAGUGUAAAUUGACUUUAAUAUUCCUGAAAUGAUUUAUGGAUUUGUGAAUUAUGAAUAGUGAUUUGUUUUUUUGCUUGUAAGUAAUAUUUAUAUGUACAUUUUGAACAUUCGCCCUUUCAAUAAUAUUUAUUGUUUUAGUUUGUAAAAAAAUUGGUUAGUAAAUGCUUUUAUAAUUAAGGUAUUGUUUGGAAAAACAACGGGAAAAUGUUUGUGCGGUAUAUUAUUAUUGUGUAUAUAGAAUUUAGUUAUCCAAAGUUAAAUCCAAAUACAUUAAUGCGAAAGUAUGUUUUUAUUUAUUUUUUCGCUGUAUGUAUGUAGACUUUUGGAGUGUAAAAGUCGGUUUUCGAACGUAGCGUGGUAAGCCUUUAACAAAAUAAACAGAGUCAUUUUUAUUUGAGAUAAAAGUAGUAUUUACAAAUGUAUUUGACUGGGUUACGUUAAUUACUCAGUCAAGUAAACAGUCAGUCAGGCAGUGUAGCUUCAUAUUUCUUGAUUGAUAGGUUUUGGACAAGGACAAGGACCUAUAGUUUAACUUUUACGCUAGGGAUUCACUAGGCUACAAAUAUCGCCAGCGUCGUCGAGUGUAGUGGCGCGACGAUACUGGACUUCAGUAAAAAUCGCUUUAUAUAUUAUUUAUUUAUUAUUUAUUUAUUUAUUACUUCGCCUGACAUGUUGCCGACAGGUGUCGUGGGACAUGUCCCCUAGUGUAUCCCUGGUGUAAGUAAUCACGAUAAUUUUAUUCAACAUAUUCAAUGCGCCCGGCAUCGUUCGAAAACCGAAAGACGUGCUUUGAAAUUGUGUUGCAUAGGCCAGCAAUAUUGGCUGCGAUAUAGAAAAUCGGUGGAAUCCUGGAAUGUUAAAAGUAUAUAGUUGGUUCAAUAAAUGCUCAAAGAAUGAUAGUCAAAAGGGAAAGUUCCACCGUCACUUAUGAGAGAAAGAUAGGUAAAUUAGUCGGAAAUUUCUUCACAUUAAAGUUUUUUUUAAA